AAACGCGCUUGGUAGACAAGCCGGGGCGUGCAUCGUUGGGAUACUGGAGGAACUGCUGAUUUAUCAGUGACUGAAUUAAACAGAGUUUUAAGAAAUUCCCUACUUAAUUGGUUAAUUUAUUCCCCGUCGUAUUACGUGUUUCUGCACACCACUGAAAGGAGGCGCUUUGUGGCACAGCGCAUUUCAGGGUUUGCAACAGCAUGUCUGUGUCUGUGAUCAUUAAAUGGGGAGGUCAGGAGUACUCUAUCAGUGCACUCUCUGAAGAGGACACUGUGCUGGACCUCAAGCAAUCUAUUAAGUCCCUGACAGGGGUGCUCCCAGAAAGACAGAAACUCCUAGGUCUAAAAGUCAAAGGGAAACCAGCGGAGGAUGAAGUCAAGCUGGGUUCACUGAAGCUGAAACCCAAUACCAAGAUCAUGAUGAUGGGCAGCAGAGAAGAAAGCCUGGAAGAUGUUUUAGCACCUCCCCCGGAAAAUGAUGACAUUGUCAAUGACUUUGACAUUGAGGAAGAGGUGAUUGAAGUGGAGAACAGAGAUGAGAACUUAGCCAAGAUAGCCCGCCGGGUCAAAGACUACAAAGUGGAGGAGAUGAAUCCACCCAGGGAAGGAAAGAGGCUUCUAGUGCUGGAUGUGGACUACACAUUGUUUGAUCACAAGUCGUGUGCGGAGACUGGACAGGAGCUCAUGCGUCCUUUUCUUCAUGAGUUCCUGACUUCUGCAUAUGAGGACUAUGAUAUCGUCAUCUGGUCUGCCACGAGUAUGAAGUGGAUUGAUGCUAAAAUGAAAGAGCUGGGCGUGACGGACAACCCCAACUACAAGAUCACAUUCACGCUGGACAGUGCAGCCAUGAUCACAGUACACACGCCCAAGAGGGGUGUGGUUGAGGUGAAACCUCUUGGAGUCAUCUGGGGCAAGUACGGUGAGUUUUACAACAAGAGGAACACAAUCAUGUUCGAUGACAUUGGCAGAAACUUCCUAAUGAACCCACAGAAUGGACUGAAGAUUCGUCCAUUCAUGAAAGCACACUUAAACCGUGACAAGGAUAAGGAGUUGUUCAAACUGUCCCAGUAUCUUAAAGAGAUUGCUAAACUGGAUGACUUCUCAGGUCUCAACCAUAAACAUUGGGAGAGGUAUCUGUCAAAGAAACAGAAUCAGUGAGCGCAAUUGCUGUGGAUAUGUGAUGGGUUUCGUCAUGCCUCAGCCAGAAACAGCGCUGGACUCCCUCACCAAGCAACUACUGAUGCGUUUCUGGCUGGGAGAUGUUCCCAUCCUCUGGCUUGUUUUGAUCCUGUCUGUUUGUAACCAUCAUCCCUGUCAACGUCCGUAUAACUGUUCCGUCAUUCAUCCGGUACACUCCUCUACAUAGUUUAAACACAUUUUUUGGGGUUAGGCUUCACCCAGCUGCUCCUUCAGUAGUGAAUGUUACCCAUACUGUAGCUAUGACACUUGGGACUCAGUCGUGGGUACAGUCGAGUCUGUUCAGCGCUGAUGCCGUUGCAUGCUCCACUACAGAAAUAACAACCGUCGAGGUCCUGUUGAUUUCAUGUCUAUGGACUCCACUCUCCCUGGGUGUCCUCGUCCGCUGAACCAAACCAAGUGGAAUCGGCGAAGCCGGCAGGCAACAUCAGAGUGCACCGAGCGCACUGACACGGGGGUAGUUGUUCUCUGACUGACAGACCGGUUACUUCACUAACCGUGGUUUAGGCCUUCAUUACGACGGCUACCACCAUAUGCUGCUGCCUGUCAAAGAGGUCAUUUCAGAAGGAGACCGGUGAUACUAUCUGUCAUGCAGGUUCUUCCUCAUUGUGCGCUGACAAGCUACGUCUGCCCGGAAACCAAAUACUAUAUAUCUGUGUGUGGUUAGGAAGUUUUUUCGUUGUUAGCAUUUAAGUUUGAUUUGAAUUUGAACACUUUUUCUUCAUAUUCUCAGGCAAUUGUUGGGUCUAAACCAAACAAUACUUGUUGUAGAAAAAACUGAAAUGAAGUUGGGGGUGGGGGGGGCACUUACAUCGUUUUUCAUUAGUUUUUUUUGACAGGGGAUAACAACAACAAAAGGCACUGUGUUUGGUUCACUCAGCCCAACUUGACAAUACUCAGCUAAGAGUUGUCUAAUUUUCUACAAGAUUUAUUUGUAAACAGAAUUGUUUUUCAUUUGAAAGAAGGGAUAUGCUUCCAGACAUCGACUUAUCUGUACUAGUGUUCUCUAAGUCUUUGAUGGUUUAAAUUAAUGAAAUAUCAGCUAACAUUUGCUUCACACACCAGAGUAUUGGAGGCACACGUUCUGCAAAAAUAUAAAGCUCAACCGCUGUCAGAGGAAAUGAGUGAACGUGAAGGUUUGCAGAAUCUUUUUGAGUUUGUGAAAUAUUUAUUUGACAUGAAUUUUGUUACUACUCGUGUUUAGCUACUUUUUUGUCCCGCGGCAAAGGUAAAUGGGCCUUUCACUUGUCCAGUGAAGGUGCUGCCAUUGACCAAGUUCUGGCAAUUUUGUACAUACAGCCGACAUCCCACACACUAAAACUGACAAAGGUACAUUUUCGAUCAUGUAUGUUGAUAAGGCAGCACAUUUUCAACUAUUAUAGUUCUCAGCUCAUUAGUUGAUACCUCAGUUUGGUUAGUUUCUCAAUUUGAUUUGUGUAAGAUGAAGAAACCAUCACAUUUCUUGUGCCCUAUGAUAUUUCAUUUGCAGAUUGUCAUGUCAGGAAUCCUGUUGUGAACAUAUCCCGACUGUAAAUAAAAUAUUUUUUUUGUACUGAA